AGAGAUUUUUAUUUUAGGGUUCUAGCGAAUGUUCACGAUCCAGGUAACUAUCCACUCCUCGCCGCGCGAUCGAUUCAAGCUCUCUCCACAGGCGCGGCGAAAAAUCCACAGAAAGGGGGAAGAAAUCGUGGAAAAUGCCCGGGUUUUGUUCAAGAAUCUUGAGUCGAUCGAUGGGCCGCCAGAGAUUUCUCGCUUCGUCGCCGCGGCCAAGGCUUGCGGCAGGGCCGGGGAUCUGGAAACCGGGAUGAGAAUCCACUCACGGGCGAUCAAGGAGGGCUUGAUCCAAUCCAACCGGUUUCUUGCCAACACGCUGCUGGAUAUGUAUGCCAAAUGCGGGCGCAUGGACCGAGCUCGCGAGAUUUUCGAUGGAUUGGAGAGGCGCUGCGUGGUCUCCUGGACGGCGCUCAUCCUUGGAUACGUCCAGAACGGGGAGAGCGAGCUCGGGCUGGAGCUCUUUUCUCGAAUGGAGCGCGAAGAAAAGGAAGAGGGUGGUGUCAAGCCGGAUGCUCGAUUGUUCUAUGCUGCUGUCAAGGCUUGUGUCGAUCUGGUAACCGAGCACUACGACGACAAGGACUCUCACGGCUGUGGGACGAAGAACAAGUUCGUUCAAGGCAAGCAAGUGAAGCUGUGGUGUCUGGAGAAAGGAAAACUUCUCCACGACAAGCUUUCGAGGAUUGGUCUCGAGGAGGAUAUCUUCGUGACGGGAAGCUUGGUGGAUUUGUUUGCUCGGUGUGGGAGCAUGGCAGAUGCUCGCAGGGUGUUUGAUGGGAUCGUGCAGCACAGCGUUCUGUCGUGGAAUGCGAUCAUCGCCGGGUACGCUCACACCGGAGAGUUGGAGAGGUGUUUCUGGUUCUAUGCACGGAUGCAACAAGAAGGUAUGGCUCCUGAUUCUCGGACUUUCAUUGCGGUGCUGAAAGCUUGUGCUGCUUUUCCAGGAAGCAAGCUUUCGGCCUUGAGGAUUGGAGCGAGAAUUCAUUGGCAGCUCGUGGAGAGUGGAUACGAGCGGGAUGUUUUCGUGGCGAGCACCGUCGUGGAUAUGUUUGCAAAGUGUGGGAGCAUGGCCAGAGCACGGGAGGCGUUUGACAGGAUUGCGAAACCUUGCCUUGUGUCUUGGAACUCGAUCAUGAUGGGCUACGCUCAAGGUGGCGAAGGUAAGCGUGCUCUUGAGUUUUUCUAUCGCAUGGAUGGACAAGGACUGACACCGGAUGCCCGUAGUUUUGUAGCUGCUCUCAAAGCUUGCGCAAACUUGGCUGCUCCUGCGAAAGAAGACGAGGAUUCCGACGAUGCUACGUUUCUUCUCUGCGUGGAAAAAGGUGGAGAUUUACACUCGCGGGCAGAGAAACACGGGUACACUUCCAACAUCUACGUAGCUAAUGUGCUGAUUGAUAUGUACACGAAGUGUGGCAGCUUGGACGAAGCGCGUAAAGUUUUUGACAAGAUGAUCCACCGGAGUGUCAUGUCGUGGAAUUCGAUCAUCAUGGGGUAUGCUCAGGCGGGUGACGUUGAGACGGCUCUAAACCUUUUCUCCAAAAUGCAGGAGCAGGGAAUUCAACCAGAUGCCCGUUCUUAUGUUGCAACUUUGAAGGCGUGCUCGAGUUUCGCAGAGGGAGAUGUGAUCGAAAGUCAGCCUGCAAAACUAUGGUGCUUACAAAAAGGCUCCGAAGUUCAUAGGCAACUCGAGGUCACAGAGGCGGCAUCGGACAUCUUUGUGUCCAGCACACUGGUAGACAUGUACUCGAAAUGCGGUGACAUGGCGAUGGCUCGGAAGGUUUUCGACAGGAUGUCCGAUCCCAACGUGGUUUUGUGGAACGCGAUGAUCACCGGUUACGCUCAAAACAACAGUGGUUCUAGCAGUGAAGAGGCAGUGAAGCUGUUCACACGGAUGCAGCUUGAGGAAGGCUUUGAGGCUGAUAACAUCACUCUGGUAGCGGCUCUCAAGGCGUGCGGAAGCUUGGGAGCUCUCAACACCGGGAAAGAAAUCUACAGAGCAAUAGUGGAGCUUGAAACCGGGCUCGAGCACGACCAGCUUGUAGUAGCGAGUCUGAUAGAUUUUUACGGGAAAUGCGGGAACAUGGUAGAGGCACAGCAGGUGUUUGAUUCAGUUCCCAGCGUCAGGAAGAACACGGUGACUUGGAACUCGCUCAUAGCAGGCUAUACGCAUCAAGCUGAUGUUCACAGUGCUCUCGAGCUCUAUGAGAGGAUGAAAGGGGAUGACAAGCGUCCGGCAGUGAACGGGGUCACCUUCCUUUGCCUUCUAAACGCCUGCAGUCACGCCGGUCUCGUCGACAAAGGACAGAAGUUCUUUGCAGCGAUGGUUUCUCUUCACGGGAUUACUCCUGGCAUCGAGCAUUAUACGUGCUUGGUCGAUCUUCUGGGCCGGUCCAACCAUCUAGAUGAAGCUCUUACUGUGCUGCGCGAGAUGCCCUUCCGGGGCAACAAGACGAUAUGGAUGACACUGUUGAGCUCGUGUAGAAAGUGGAGAAACGUUGACAUUGGCACGGUGGCUUUCAAGAAAAUUCUGGAGAUCGACAACAGGGACUCGGCAGCUUAUGUUCUCAUGACGAAUCUCUACGCGAGUGCCAAACGCUGGGACGAAAGCGUACACGUCGAAAUGAUGAGAAUGAACGCUGGGGCUUUGAAGAAACCGGGUGAAAGCUGGUGGAUUGAUAGCUAUGGAAAGGUUCACAAGUUCGUGGCUGGCGACAACAGGCAUCCUCAAAGCGAGCAGAUCUUUGGAAAACUCAGGGUCAUGUUCUUGAAGUUGAGGGAGCAAGGCUACCUUCCCGACUUGAACAGCGUGUUUAGAAACAUCAGUGACGAAGAAAAGGAGUCGGCAUUGUUCCAGCACAGCGAGAAGCUUGCAAUCUGCUGCGCUCUCAUCAACUCGGCCGCUGGAACGACAGUCCGGAUCACCAAAAAUCUCAGAGUUUGCGACGACUGCCACAAAGCUACGAGUUAUAUUUCCAAGCUCGAGAGACGGACAAUCAUCUGCAGAGACGCAAGCCGAUUUCAUGUGUUCCAAGAUGGCAAGUGUUCGUGUGAUGACUUCUGGUGAUGGACUGAUGCUGAUCGAUCAGCAUCGACCGGAUCCAUCACAGUAGAUUAAAAAAUUCACAUUGUUAGAUACGUUAACAAGCUAUUAAUGUAGACUUUGGA